AUGUCUUUCCAGCAAAUUGAAAUUUUGGACUUGGAGAAGGCGUUUGAUCCACAGACAAAGCCCGAUUUUCUCGCAAAGCUUCGUCAUUCGCUUAUCAAUGUGGGGUUUCUUAUUCUAGUGAAUCAUGAGAAGUACGGACCCUCUAGGCAAGAUUUCGGCGACAUCAAGGAACAACUGAUUCAAUUCUUCAAACUUCCUGAUGAGGUGAAACGUGAAUGCGAGAUGAUUCACUCUCCCCAUUUUCUAGGUUAUACAAGACUAGCAAACGAAAUCACGGCUUCUCACACGGACUGGAGGGAGCAGAUAGAUUUAGCCACAGAAUUGCCUCCGCCAAAAGAGGGAGAACCCAUUUACAAGAAUAUUGAGGGGCCGAAUUUGUGGCCCGACGAACGAUAUAUACCCAAUUUCAGGAAGGUGGUGACCAACUACAUUGAAAAGAUGACGCAGUUGAGUACAUUAUUUCGGCGACUUGUGUGUGAAGCCAUAGGACUCCCGGAAACUGCGCUAGACGGGUACUUCAAAGAAAAUCAGCAAUGUAAGAUGAAGCUCAUUGCAUAUCCAGACUCUAACGCUCUUCAGGGGGUGAAAUCGCAAGCUUUGGAUGAUGACCCUGAAACCCGUCAAGGUGUAGGGCCACACCGUGACUCUGACCUUCUCACAUAUAUAUACCAGGCAACGCCACAUAAAAACUCACUUCAAGUGCAAAAUUUCCAAGGAAAAUGGAUCACAGUUGAUAACAUACCCAACAGCCUUGUGGUGAAUGCUGGACAGACACUCGAGGCCAUCACCAACGGAGUGUGCAAGGCCACCAUCCACCGGGUUUGCAGCCCACAGGCCGGAUUAGGGACGAGGAUAUCCAUCCCGUUUUUUCAGACCAUUGACCUUGACUCGCGGAAACUGGCCGUAGAAAACAUUCCAGAGGAGGUGCUCAAGCUCAAAGAAGAAAGAGACAAGGCUAUUGAGGGCUGGGGCGUCGAUGUUGGUUUCCAGUUCACCCCAGACAUUUCGCAGCACGCGGUGGGACAUGCUGUUUUUCGCAAUCGCAUCAAGUCGCAUCAGGAUGUGGCUGCAAAGUGGUACCCAUCCAUUCUCCAAGAAGUGCGCCAGCUAUACUCCAAGUAG